AUGUUCAACAUCGAACUGGGAACACUCAGUGAACAUCUGGUCGAUGACUGUAAGAAGUGGUGUUCUCUGGAAUUCAAGUACGAUGACAGAAACCACGUUAAGGAAGUUAAGAAGAGAGAGAGGAAUGAAUCGAAAAGGACAAGAAAUGACGAUCAUCAUGAGAGAUCAGAUGAGAGCAAAUCUUCCAUGUCACCACGAGUAUUCAACAUAGUUCUGCUGGGACAAACUGGGACUGGAAAGAGUGCAUCUGGAAACACCAUCCUGACUGCUAUGGAUCCCAAACUGGAUCCAAAUCAGCUUUUUAAAUCCAGGCCGAGCUCCACACCAGUCACCUCCAAGUGUGAAUUCAAAGAGAUAGAUGUGUUCGGCAGGCUGGUUAGAGUGAUCGACACCCCAGAUUUCUCUGAUGAGGAUGUAGACUCUCAGACACAUGUAGAGGAGUGUAAGAAGUACUGUCAGCCAGGACGCUGUGUGGUGUUACUGGUGAUACAGAUGGGUCGGUUUACAGAUGGUGAGAGGGGAAUAUUAGAAAGGCUGGAGAAAAAGCUUGGCUGGAGGAUCAGGGAGAGCACAAUCGUGCUGCUGACACAUGGAGAGAAUGCAAAAGGCCAGGAAGAGAGUUUCAUUGCUGAACGGACUUACCUCGACUCCAUGGUGCGAGCAUGCGACGGUCGCUUCCAUAUCCAGCAGAGGAUCAGAGAGAAGGAAGAAGGCGUGAAGGUGCUGCAGCAAGAGAUGGCCGAGCUGAGGAGGAGAAGCUCUGAGCUGGAGCUGCUCUCACAAACAGACGACCACAUCCAGUUUCUGCAGAACUACACCCUGCUGGGGCGUCUCAGUGAAGCCACAGACUCGGAUGUGUCGGACGCCACGGAUAAACCUCAGAACGUUCUGAGUGAAGAGUCGACCAAGAGCUCACAGAUGAACGCUGAAGUGGGGGUUUUGCUGUCAGAAGGAGAUCAAAAGAUCAGAGAUGAACUCUUAAAAUACUCCUGUCAAACCACACUGGAUCCAAAUACAGCACAUUGCUGCAUCAAGGGGUCUCCUUUGUCCCUGUUUUCAGGUUCCAUGUUCACAGUCUGUGUGACUGUCCUCUCGUCCAACUUCAUCUGA